GCAACAGUACUACCUCAAUCAAACAGUUCAUCUUGAUCUAUCUCCAAUCUCUCUAACUUCCUCUAAUCAAUUCACAUAUAUGGAAGACAUAAUUUCCUCUUCUUCGUCAUCAAUAUUCCCUUGUCAUGGCAGUCCAUCACCCACAAUUCAAGAGCGGCUACAAUUCAUUCUCCAAAACCGGCCUGAGUGGUGGACGUACUACAUCUUUUGGCAAACCUCAAACCACAAUGCCACUGAUGACCGCCUUGUGUUGUCAUGGGGUGAUGGCCAAUUCCGGGGUUCUAAUACUAGUAAUUUCGGAUUUGAGUCCGAGAGGGGAAAGGUUAUCAGAGGGAUUCAAUCUCUCUUCGCUGACUCCAGAACAAGCGGAGGUGAUCGUGUUUUUGUGGACAGUGAGUUUCCAAGUUGCGAGUGGUUUUUUAUGGUGUCGGUGACAAGGUCAUUUGUGGUUGGAGAUGAUAACAUUGUUAGCCGUACAUUCGGUUCUGGUUCGUACGAAUGGUUGGUGGGUGACGAGGAGCUUCAGUUCAAUGCAUGUGAAAGAGCCAAAGAAGCUUAUCUUCAUGGAGUCAAAACACUAGCUUGUAUUCCCACUUCUUGUGGGAUAAUUGAGCUAGGUUCCUCAAAUGUUAUCAGACAGGACUGGGGUCUGGUCCACCUAGCCCAGUCUGUCUUCGGCCCUGACAAUAAAAACAUGAUCACUUGUCCACCGAAUUCCAGUACUCAUCAAAAUCCCAACCGAGGUCUAUCUUUUUUGGAUAUGAAUGCUGGAUUUCCAAGAGAACAUAUAAAGAGUACUAACUCGAAUGAGGAGGAAGAAAACGUUGGAAAAAAACUAAAAAUCGCGCAAUCAUCUCCAGAAUUAGGCAAUUCUGAAUCCGAAAGCCUUCUUGAUAGCCACCAGACGACAUUGAUGAAUCUGAGGUCUUCUAACAAGAGAUUAAGAAGGACAACAACAUCUUCAGGGAGAGAAGUGGCACAAACCCAUGUGGAAGCCGAGAGACUGCGCAGGGAAAAGCUCAACCACCGAUUCUAUGCUCUUCGGAGCGUGGUUCCGAACGUGUCAAGAAUGGACAAAGCAUCUUUACUAGGAGAUGCAGUCACAUACAUCAACGAACUCAAGUCAAAAGUGGAAGAAUUAGAUGGAAAGCUCCGCGAAGAGGUGAGAAGAUCAAGAUAUAUUACAGAUGCAUUUUAUAAUGAUCCCAGUCUCAUUCAAAGCAUUUCAACUACAAGUCAUGCAUCUGGUGCAAGAUCCUUACUCUUGAGUUGCGGAAGGAUUCAGAUGGAAGUCGACAUCAAGAUUCUCGGGUCACGGGCUAUGAUACAUGUCCAGAGUCCUGAUAUAAACUACCCUUGGGCGAGAUUAAUGGAUGCACUGAGAAUUCUAGAGUUCCGAGUUCAUCAUGCGAGUGUGUCCAGUGUUAAAGACCUCAUUCUUCAAGAUGUUGUGAUUAAGGUUCCGGAUGGUAUAACAGAUGAAGAAGGUUUGAAAUCUGCAAUACUAGGAACUCUGCAGAUUUGAUGUAUACAUAUAUUUAUGUAUACGCCACAUAGUUCUAAUCAUCUGCAAGCUAAAUUUCCAUAGCUCCAACCUUCAUCUCCUCGCCCGCGAAGAGCAAUACUUAAUUAAUUGAUCAGGGGUAAUGUAGUUUUAAAUAUUUUAGUCAAUUAGGGCACGUAUGUUUGUGGGUGUUUUUUCAUCUCCAUUUCUUCUGUAU